AUGGAAACUACACUGUCAGUCACAGUUUUGUUCCAGAACUUUUUGCCUACUGACCUUGACCCUGAAGCAUCAUUGUCACGUUCUCACUGUGUUGACGUCUGCUUCUACAAUCGGACAUGCGCAUCCGUGUUCUAUGAUAGCAUCUUUGAGCUGUGCUACCAAAGUGAUCUUUGGUUCGACGAAACAGUGGAAAACCUUGUUGCGAGACAAGGGGUAUCUCAUAUUGCUUUCAACAGGAGCGACUGUCCGAGCCAAUGGAUAUAUCAUAAACCAUCGUCCAAGUGUUUCAGGUUGAACACAAAACUACGAUCCUAUAAUGUCGCUACCAGUGAAUGCGAGGCCGAAGGAGGACGGCUCUUCAACAUCUAUAGCGCCAUGGAGGAUCAACUCGUCAUAACGCUUGUCAUCCGUGCUGGAACUGGAAUGUGGAUUGGUUUAAAGGAGGUGGAAGGGGUGUGGCAGUGGCAGAGCGGUGCAGCUGUAGGUUUCACAAACUGGUAUCCUCUACAUUCUGGAUCGUGUGUCUUGAUGCACGGCUCAUUCCUGCAAUGGCGUAAAUUUGGGUGCAGUGUUGAGCGUCCAUCUGUGUGUGAGCGGGUCCUCAACAAGCAGAACUUGUGUACCAUUUGAUAUCCAUGGGUGUUGAUAUUUCAUUAUCAUCUAUUGCAUGUUGCAUUUCUUUUUGCCUAUCCUGUUUCACAACUCCUAAAUGUGCCACUGAUGUAACCUGGUAUGAUGAGUAUAAAGGACGUCAAAACACAGGCUACGAAUAAUUUAAAUAUUACCUACCAUUCUCUGUAUAUAUUGUAAUAUUGUAUAUAUACUAUAUUAUGACAGGUGUGUGCCACUGAGCGAUCAGUAUCACAGUUUCCACACAGCGGCAAUUGAUUGUCGCAUUGAGAAUAUUUACUUUCAUAUAAAACCAUGAUCCAUGUUCAUUGUGUACAAUGUGUGUUGUAACUAGACACUGAG